UUCCUCUGGCAUUUUCAUGAUGUUACCAAAAACGGGAUUGUCACAAAAAUAAAUAAAUAAAACUUUGCUUUAAAUGCCAGGGCCUAUUUGGAAUCUCACUGGCAGCUGCUGAUCCCUCCCAGCAAAGACACCAGCCUCCAGGUUACCACACAAACAGGCCUUAUUAGUCAUAUUGUGAUUCCCUUUCAUGGUGAGACCCCUUUAACGCCUAAUGCGUGUGGUACGGUCAAAGAAAACACAGCCCCAUACAUUUAAUAUAUGUCGCCUCUAACAAUAGAACAAAAUAUGAAGAUUUCACACAUAAAUCCUUUCAUAGAACGCGCAGCCUAGCAUUGGCCUAGUGCGCUGUGGCCUUAGAACGCUCGUUUGCGUGCACACUGCCCUAACAUUAGCCUCUCCCUCCUCCCGCCUCCAAUUACCCAUCAUGCAGCGGGAGGUUUAACACCAAGAUGGCCGAUACUAUGGAGGAAUAUGAGAAAGAAGCUGGCUGCGUCCCUAUUUUACAUCCUGAGGAGAUCAAGACCCAGAGCCAUUAUAAUCAUGGAUACAGCAGUGAUUCACUUGGACGCAAAAGUCACAUGGACGAUUACAGCACAUGGGAUAUUGUCAAGGCCACACAGUAUGGUAUUUACGAGCGAUGCAGAGAACUAGUUGAUGCAGGAUAUGAUGUUCGUCAACCUGACAAGGAAAAUGUUACUUUGCUUCACUGGGCAGCGAUUAACAACAGGAUGGAUUUGGUGAAGUUCUACAUAUCAAAAGGUUCAAUAGUAGACCAACUUGGAGGAGACCUAAAUUCCACUCCACUUCACUGGGCAACGAGACAGGGGCAUCUAUCUAUGGUUGUCCAGCUGAUGAAAUAUGGUGCUGACCCAUCACUCAUCGAUGGAGAGGGUUGUAGCUGUAUCCAUCUAGCUGCACAAUUUGGACAUACAUCUAUUGUUGCAUAUCUUAUUGCAAAAGGACAGGAUGUAGACAUGAUGGAUCAAAAUGGAAUGACUCCUUUAAUGUGGGCAUCUUACAGGACACACAGUGUUGAUCCCACAAGGUUACUGCUUACCUUUAAUGUAUCUGUUAACCUUGGUGAUAAAUACCACAAGAACACAGCACUGCACUGGGCAGUGCUUGCUGGCAACACUACUGUCAUUAGUUUGCUUCUAGAUGCGGGAGCCAAUGUUGAUGCCCAGAAUAUAAAGGGAGAAUCACCGCUUGAUCUUGCUAAACAGAGGAAAAAUGUUUGGAUGAUCAACCAUUUGCAAGAAGCCAGACAGGCCAAAGGCUAUGAUAACCCCUCAUUCUUUAAAAAGCUAAAAGCAGAUAAGGAAUUUCGUCAAAAAAUCAUGUUGGGAACUCCAUUUCUGGUAAUUUGGCUCGUUGGUUUUAUUGCUGACCUUGAUAUAGACUCCUGGUUAAUAAAAGGCCUAAUGUAUGGUGGAGUCUGGGCAACAGUGCAAUUCCUAUCAAAAUCAUUUUUUGAUCACUCAAUGCAUAGUGCUCUCCCUCUUGGUAUAUACCUGGCAACCAAAUUCUGGAUGUAUGUCACCUGGUUCUUUUGGUUCUGGAAUGAUCUAAGUUUUCUGUUCAUCCAUCUGCCAUUCCUAGCAAAUAGUGUUGCUCUCUUUUACAAUUUUGGAAAAUCAUGGAAAUCUGACCCUGGAAUUAUUAAAGCUACAGAAGAACAAAAGAAGAAGACAAUAGUGGAACUUGCUGAAACAGGGAGUCUAGAUCUGAGUAUUUUUUGCAGUACCUGUUUGAUUAGAAAGCCAGUGAGAUCCAAACACUGUGGAAUAUGCAAUCGGUGCAUAGCAAAGUUUGACCACCAUUGUCCUUGGGUUGGCAACUGUGUUGGUUCUGGAAACCAUCGUUAUUUCAUGGGAUAUCUGUUUUUCCUUCUCUGCAUGAUAUGCUGGAUGAUAUAUGGAUGUAUCUCUUAUUGGGGAAUACAUUGUGAUACCACCUAUACUAAAGAUGGAUUUUGGACAUAUAUUACACAGAUUGCCACAUGCUCACCCUGGAUGUUUUGGAUGUUUCUAAACAGUGUCUUUCAUUUGAUGUGGGUGGCUGUCUUACUUAUGUGUCAGAUGUACCAGAUUUCUUGCCUGGGAAUAACUACAAAUGAACGGAUGAAUGCCAGAAGAUACAAGCACUUUAAAGUAACAACAACAUCCAUUGAAAGCCCUUUCAACCAUGGAUGUAUCAGAAACAUUAUAGACUUCUUUGAAUUCCGAUGCUGUGGCCUCUUCCGCCCUGUAACAGUGGACUGGACAAGACAGUACACAAUAGAAUACGAUCAAACGUCGGGCUCAGGAUAUCAGCUGGUGUAGCCUACACUACAUCCCAACUCUGGCAAGCUCCUGUCUGAUUGGUGCCUGAAAAUGGCUAUUUGUCUCUCGCAUAAAACCGCCCCUUGAACUAAAAAAGCAUGCUGUUUCUAGGGCUAAUGAUGAAUAUCACAGUACCUUCUCUCUGUCAGCAUUUAUCAACGACCGUUAAUAUGGACGGGGCAAAGUGCCCAUACAGAGAAAGAGGAAGAAACAGAGAAUGGAUUUGAACUGAUCCUAGUAUCAGGAUUAAUUUGAACAGCAGUAAAUCUUUUUUUUUUUUUUUUUUUAUUAUUUCACACCAUUCACAGCAAAGCAUGGCAUAUUGCUCUUGACAUGCUUCAGUCUUGUUCUGCUUGAAGAAAAUCCCUUCAUUGCCAUUUUUUUUAAGCAACCCAGUACAGUGAGGCUUUGCAGUAAAUUAUUUUAAUCCCCAAUAUGGCCAGGCUGGUUCUGAACUACUGUGGCAGUUUUAUUCCUGUAAUAUGAUCUUCCACAGUUGUGCUGUUUUGUGUCUUUGAAAAUGUGAAUCUUGAUACUAGCCUGAGAAAUCUUGCAGUGUUUAUUGACCUUAGGUUAUGUUGGCAAGAGGGGGAGCAUGAGGAUAAUAUUAACAACUGAAUGUAUGUUUCCUACAUUUUAUCACAUCAGCUGUUAUUCCCACCUGUUUCCUGCAUCAGUGGAAAUGAAAUGCUUUACACUCCUUUCCCUGUUGUUAAGUCCCUGACAGUUCCUUACAGGUAUUAUGCAAGACUCGGUGUAAACAAUUAUGAAAUAAUGGGAUUAGAGGAAAACAUAAGAAAUGAACACUGUAAAAACUUUUGACUGAAAACUUCACUUCUGGGACUCCGCCCUGGAACUUGACUUAGAUUUAGAACCAAAGAAUUAAGUCUUUUUUUUUUUUAAUUCUUAACCAAAAUAACAUGAGCUGGAUUGUUUAGAAUAAUUAGCCAAUUCACUUUUCAGGAUUUUGUAACUGUGAAAAUCAGGCAUACCUAUGUCUCACUUUCUGAUUUUUUUUUUUUUUUUUUUUUGCAGAAGCUUUUAAAAAUGAUCAAAUGUGAAAUAAUAGAUGAGCAGAGAUCUAGUUUAAGGAUGUUAAAUGGACCAAUUUUACCUGUAAUUAAGGCAACAAACCCACAAUGUUGCUGUUAUGUGCAGUCUUGACCUUAACAAUUCCUUUGAUUCAAGCUGCUGGCUAUACACAGAUGGGGCUUAUUUACUAACAUAGGUGCUAAAUAGUACCAGUUCAGUUCAUCAUGACAACUAAGCAGCAAUUUGUUUGGAUCAGACUACUGCAAGUUAGAAAAUAAAAGCUAAGAUCUGACUGGUUGCUCUGGCUCAGUGCACUGGUGUUAUUUAGCUCUGGUGAAAGUAAACGAGGCCCCAUUGUGGAGUGAUGCCAUUUGUAGGGGCAAGCAGGGACCACUGUAUGAUUUGCAGGAAAAAAAAUGCAUGUGCAAUGUUCCAGUGUAGAGUGCAGGUAAAUAGCAGUAUGCACCAGUUUAAAGGGAAAAUAUACCCUCAUUUUUGACAUAAGCCCAUUUAGCUGGGCUCAUGUUAAAAAAAAUGUGUAUCCAGAGUGUCUAACCUGUGAGAAAUAAAUGCAUAAAUAUGUUUAUUUUUUACACAAACAGAUAUCACCUUCUCCAACUAUAUCCUGCCUCCUCUUGCCUAAUUUUCUUUACUGGCAUUGAAAGGGAUGAGCAGGAUGUGACAAACAAUCCAAUCAGCAGGCAGAAUGGAUAUCCUCAGAAGGAGGCGGGGGAAGCAGGCAGAAUGUUUUUGAAGCUGCAGAUUGAGGUGGGAUCUUUGAAGAUGCAGGGGGGAAGCUGUGAUCAGAAAAGCAGAAAGAACAUUCAUUCCCAGAGUGCAUCACUUUUAUUUGGAACAAGGUGAGGGAGAGCCAUGACCUACAGCCUCUGGGGGGUGAUCCUUUCAAGUCAGGGACAGAAGAGAAUUGCUUACCUAAGAUGGGUUUAAUUCAAACCGUAGAAUUAGGUGUGUUUGUGUAGCAAACAAGACAUAUAUAUGCAUUUAUUUCUGGCAGGUUGGACUCUAUGUAUACACUUUAACAUGAGCCCAUGUCAAAGAAAGGGGGGUAUAUUUUCCCUUUAACUGCUGUGUUAGUCAUGUGACAUUCAGUUACACUGGUUUACGGGUGCAGCUUUUAUCCCCUCCUACACAAUUAUACUUGCAUUGGCAGUUGAUUGAGAGUAGGGAUGAUUUAAUGAGGAGAAUAUUAUUCACAUGUUACUGAGACGCUGCCAGCUCUUUAGCUCACUGCUUUUUCUUGGAUAAAGAAUACUCAUUCCUCAUUGUGCUAAAUGGACUAUUGAGAGCACAGAUGGAAUCGCUACAUGUUGAUGUAUUUAAACAAGGAGAGGGCUUUCAUUAUAUAAAAUCAGACCUGGGCUUAGUAUAAUGGAAUACAUUGAUGUUUUUUAUGAUAAUGAUGUUUAUGGGAAACGUUGCCUGCUAUGAAGAGUUCAAUUUAUGGCCCCGUAAAGGUUGCAAUGGUUGAUUGUUCGAGUGAUCGGUGUGCUGCCUGCAUUGCUCUAAUACAGUAAAAUAUGGCACAUUUUCCAAUAACAAACAAUUGAAUGUGCCCUUUACCAUUUUGCAGCUUUCUUUCAACUGAUUUGUGGUCCCUGCAUCCCUGGAGAGAGAUAUUUAUGAAGCUUUGGUGUGUAACUAGAGCUAUAUAAAAUAUACAUUUGCUGUUUUUAGUUUACCCUUUUAUAAUCCGGCCCAUUGAAACAGUGGAAUGCUACAAUUUAAAGUGAGCAAGCCCUCCUCACUGUGUGUUUUGGUUUUGCAUCUGCUCUCUGGGUUGUUAGUAAUGGUGUAACCUCCUCAGCUGGGAAGUGUGUAAAUAUCUGCAGAUUGGAGACUAGUGUACACUAUGUUAAUCUCUGUGUAGACAAUGUUAUUUAGUUGUUUUCUGAUGUGGUUAUGUUAAAUGCUGCUCAUUCCAUUAAACCCAACCCCCCCCCCCCCCAAUGUAGCUUUUGUAAUGGCCAGUCCAACUUCUCAUCAUGCACUGUCCCCCCUGCAAGCUCACUGCAUGUUUGCUGCUUGGAAUAUGUAGAUUUGUCUGAUCGUCACAUUACAGGUAAUAAAGCAAGCUAGUGCUGUUCCCAACCCUUGCCUUAGUAGGACAAGCAGUGACACUGUAAAUAGUUGAUGUUCAGUAUUUGAAAUACAUUUUUUAUAGUACAUUUCUUCCCAUACAUGAUUUGCAAGUUCUCCUUCACCUGACUUGCUGGUUUUGUAUAUAGUUAAAUAUUUUCUACUGGAGGAUCCAUUCUCUGGAUACAAGGCAGAAGAAUUAACUGUAAAUGUGGAUUUUCUUCCUUUCUUUCUUUCUUUGCAGAGUUUCUAUUAUUUAUGCAUUUGUUUUUAUGUAUUUUCCAUGUGCAAAAAGACAUAAGCACUUUUGCAGUUUAGAUGGUCGCCCCCAGUCUUUAAGCAGAUAGCAAGCUGUGAUCACUACAAGGUGUGGGCUAGUUAGGGAUCUGUACUUGUGAUGUGGAGUGUGUGUGUUCAGCAGGGGUAACAUAUACUGCCCAUGCCAAGUCAAGUGUUUUAGUGAUAUCCAGGAAACCAUAUAAAAAAAACCUCCUAAUCACUUAAUUUAGCAGUUUUGUCAAAAUAAUUUGUUCAAUAUUUGUUUUCACGCCCAUCCAAAAUACCUUCCAGCACAGGUCACUAUGGGGCAGAAUUAUGAGCCUUUCUUCUGUCUUACACUUUGGGGCAACCAAUCAAAUUGUUGCAGUCAUUGUUCAACUUGCAUCUGAAAAAAGGCAAUCACUUAUCGGUUGCUAUGGGUUACUGCCCACGGGCAAAUUUGCCCUGUGUUGAUGAAUGGGCCCCAUUCUUUCACAAUCUCAACAUAUUGGCCUGUACCUACCCAAAAAAAAAGGCGUG